AGGGUCCUAACCUUAGAUUAUUUACACCAAGAUAGAGCAUAGUGAGAGAGAAAACGUGGCCGAAAUAAGAUAGCAAUAUGUUUAUUAUUUUCGUCAAAAUCAAAACACAUUCCCGCAGCUCCCUAUUGGUGGCUUUCUACCACGUGACCUGGACGUGCGAAUGAAUUUCAUUAUGGCCGCCUUCUUUGACAGCUGAUGCUUAGGUGCAACAAGUUCAAACUCAUCGUUUUGAGUUAACCAAGUGAUUUUUGUAGUGAAAACGAGGUUGGACAAUAAUUAUUUGCUGUAUUAAGCUGAAAAAUGGUUAAUUCCUGUGUGAUAUGUAAAAAAAGCACCAGUAAAGACUGCGGGCGAUCCAUACAUCGUUCCAGUAGCACAUCUCCAGAUGAAAGGCCUGUGACUCCAGAACCAUUAGAUACUAAUAAGCUAGGUAGUGUCAGGGAAUCCUCAAAACUGAGUAAUUCUGAACUAUCCAGAACUUUAACAGCUAGUGAUUUGUCUGCUACACUGACUACUUCAGAUUUAUCUGCUACAUUGACUGCUUCAGAUUUAUCUGAUACAUUAACCGCUUCAGAUUUAUCUGCUUUUUUGACCGAUACAGAAUCCUCUGGUGCUUUGACAGUUUCAGAAUUGUCCGGUACUAUGACAGCUUCAGAAUCGUCAAGCAACUUGGUAUCCUCGGAAGUAUUAACAGUAGCACAUCCAACUACUUCUGAAGCUAAAAGUUCUGUACCAAGACCAAGAAAAAGAAAAUGUUUUGUUGGUGAUGUAAGGGAUGAAGAUUUCAGGACACCAAAACAAGGAAAAUUUGCCUUCUCCCUUGCUAAACGAAAAAUUGCAGAACAGAAAAAGAAACUGAAAGCAUUGAGGAUGAAGAACAGAAGACUGCAACAGAAAAUUUCAGAUAUUUCAGGACUACUGAAUAUCGUAUUUCUUCAAAUCAUUAUUGUAAAAAUCAUUUAUUUUAUGUUACAUGUUAUUUUUUAUGGAAGUUAUUAAUACAUCCUUGCUUGAUAAUCAAUCCUGAUUAUGCAGGCUUUCAAGUUUCAAUUGCUAUUCCACUAUAAAUACUGAUUCUCCGUCCAUUCCAUUGCAAAACUCACAAAAUUCCAAUCAUCUAUCUUAUAUAGUGGAACAAAACUAUACAUUCAUAAUAUCAUUUGCUCUCAAAGGUGCAGGUAAUGGAUGGACAAGGUUUCAGUAAGUAAGUAAGGCCUAUUACAGCAUUAAUGAGAACUGAUAUGAUUAUACUUCACACUUGAUGUAAAACUGACCUAUCUAAUACAUUUUCAUGUCGAACUGGAUCAAUAAAUUUAUUGUUAUUUUUGUUAUUCAA